AUCCUGUCCAUGUCAAGCAAGGGGGAUGUAGAGGGCGUGAAGAGGCUGGCGAAUGCAGGAGUGCAUCUGGAGACGGCGAGCUCCCUUCCAGCUGAAAAAGGAUUCCGAGCCGUCCACUACGCAUCCAGGGGCGGCCACGUCGAGCUGCUGAAGGUCCUGCAGGAGCUGGAGGUCAACCUCAGGGCCCUGACGGACGAAGGGGACACGGCGCUCCACGUGGCGUCCGGCUAUGGCAACUUGGCCGCCGUCAAGUGGCUGGUGGAACAAGGGGGUUUCAACGGCGACGCGCUCUUGACGGGGAAGGGCUCGGCGCUGGAGGUAGCCAGAGAUGCGCGAGACAAGGGAAUUGUAAAAUAUCUAGUGCAUUUCCAGUUGGUUAGUGCUCUGCUCACGGGAGAUGUGAAGACGCUCGAACAGAUGGCAAAAGAUGGUGUUAAUCUUGAUCCCGCUUAUAUAUACAACAAAGGCCAUGGCUUCCGGUCCGUCCACUACGCAGCCAAGGGCGGUCACCUCAGUGUCCUCAAGAUGCUGCAGAGGAAGAAAUGCAAACUGAAAGCCACGACGCCCGAGGGCCUCACCGCCCUCCACAUCGCCGCCGAGAACGGCCACUUGGCAGCCACCAAGUGGCUGAUCGGCUUCGCCGGCCUGGACGUCGCCUGCGUCUCGAGGGCUGGGCUUACGGCGGCGGACCUGGCGGCGCGGGCGGGGAGCGCGGACGUGGUCGCCUACUUGCAGGACCACGACGUUUUAAAAGCCCUGCUGGACGGAGACACUCAGGUAGUCAGAGGAGCGCUACAGACAGGCACCGACGUCGACAAACUGUGCAUGGAGAAGAACAUUAAAGGUUUUCAGGCUGUCCACUACGCCGCCAAGGGAGGCCAGGUUCCCAUCCUUGAAAUCCUGAAGGAGAGCAAUUGCAACCUAAAGGGUGUAACUAACGAGGGACUCUCGGCCCUGCACUACGCCGUCAGAUACGACCAACUGGACGCCGUGAAGUGGCUGGUGGAGGAGGGGGAGCUGGACGUCUCCUGCACGAGUAAGAAGGGGUCCUCCGCCUUGGACUUCGCAAGGGACAAGAAGAAGCAGGAAAUCGCUGCUUAUCUCGAGAGUCUAAUUCCAACCAAAGAGGGUGUUCGUCGAAGAGGCAGAGGUCGUUCGAAGCGCAAGAAAGAGAAGGUUAAAGGCGUGAAGACUCAGGAAACGACCAGUGAACUGAACUCUGAGAUCCUGUUGAUGGCGCGGAUGGGAGACGCGGAGGGUGUAAAGAGGCUGGCGGAGGAAGGCGCGAACAUCGAAGUGAAAAAUCUGCGAGCGAGCGAUCGAGGGCCUCUCGUGGUCGAGCUGCUCGCCACGGCUCUCCGGGUCGCAUCACGGACCUCCUCCUCCACCCUGGGUUGUCGACCUCUCACUCUCCUUACAGGGCUUCGACCCCUUCAUCUCUGCGCUUUGGCGGGUCACGCGGCUGCGCUGGAAGCUCUGAUAGGGUGUGGCGCCGACGUCCACGCCGGCGGACCACAAGGGCUUUCCGUCGUCCACUACGCAUCCAGGGGCGGCCACGUCGAGGUGCUGAAGGUCCUGCAGGAGCUGGGGGUCGACCUUUGGGCCUUGACGGACGCUGAGGAAACGGCGCUCCACGUGGCGGCCGACUAUGGCAACUUGGCCGCCGUCAAGUGGCUGGUGGAACAGGGGGGGUUCGAGAGUGUUUCUCUGUCAAGGGAAGAAGGCUCUGCUCUCGAUUUGGCGAGGAAAUCGUGCGAAAAGGCUGUCGUCCAGUACCUGAUGAAUGUCCAGUUGUUAAAUGCCGUGACAAGUGGUGAUCUUUCCACUGUCAAUGAGCUAAUCGAAGAAGGGAUAAAGAUUGACGAUGAAAAUGCUGUAGGAAAAAGAGAAGGUUUCCGCAUCGUCCACCAUGCGGCUGACUCCGGCCACAAGGGAAUUCUCAAGCUCCUGAAGCAGGCCGAGUGCAACAUGGAGGCGGCAACAUGGAGCGGCGAACGAGGACGCCCCCUCACCGCCCUCCACGUGCGCGGGGCGGCAAAGGCGGGGGCCGUCCCGGUUGGCUGGUGA